CAAAUUUGACUUGUGUAUAAUUGAUAGAAAGAAACGUAUGUGAGUGAGAGACUCUAGAAAGAAAACGAGCAAAAUAAAACAAUAUUUAUGGACUGAUGUAGAGAUGAGCGAAACAAUUGGUCCACACUUGUACUGGUUGUCACUGAACCAAACUGUAUCUUUCUAAUUUCACGUAAUCCAAAAUGCAUACGUAUGGGCUUACAACACCAAAUUAUUAAUAAGGCAAUUUGGAUUGGAACCUAUUUAUACAAAUUUCUCAAACAAUAUAAAAGGGCAUCUCAUUUACUAAAGUUUUCCAUCUCUUUCUAUCUUUUUUGAAAUUCAAUGGCUACAAAAAACAAACAACUUCACUUCGUCUUAUUUCCUCUAAUGGCACAAGGCCACAUGAUUCCAAUGGUCGACAUAGCCAAAAUGUUAGCAAAACGCGGUGCCCAGAUCACCAUAGUCACCACACCAGGCAACGCAGCCCGUUUCGAAAAAGUUUUCGCUCGCGCCAUUGAAACCGGGCUUAGUAUCCAUCUAAUCAAAUUGAAGUUUCAUUCAAAAGAAGUUGGAUUACCUGAAGGGUGUGAGAAUUUUGACACGAUGCCUUCUUUGGAUUGUGUGAAAAAACUCCUCCAUGCAGCCUCAAUGAUGCAACUACCGGCAGAGAAAGAACUUGAAGAGCUUAAGCUGAGGCCAAGUUGCAUAAUAGCAGAUAUGUGCUUGCCUUGGACAAUCAACAUAGCUCGAAAGUUCAAUAUUCCAAGAAUAUCUUUCCAUGGAGUAUGUUGCUUAUUGCUCUUAAGCGUUCAUAACAUACGUAGCUCCAAGAUUCUUGACAAUGUAAGUUCUGAAACAGAGCGAUUUGUCAUCCCUUACUUGGCUGAGCGCAUUGAAGUUACCAAGGCUCAGUUACCAGCUGCACCAACUAAUUCAGAUCUAAAAGAAUUUCAUGACCAAAUGAUAGAAGCUGAGCUAGGGUCUUAUGGAGCAAUAAUAAAUAGUUUCGAAGAGUUGGAGCCUGCAUUUGUCAAAGACUACAAGAAUGUAAGGAACGGUAAAGUUUGGUGUAUUGGCCCAGUCUCCUUAUGCAACAAAGAUGAGUUAGAUAAGGCCCAAAGAGGUAACAAGUCUUGUGUUGAUGAACAUCACUGUCUCAAGUGGCUUAAUUUGUGGGAACCAGCAUCGGUAAUUUAUGUUUGCCUUGGAAGCUUAUGUAAUUUAGUAGUGCCACAGUUGAUAGAGCUUGGAUUGGGCUUAGAAGCUUCCAACAAACCAUUUGUUUGGGUUAUAAGGGGAGGGACUAGUACUUCAGAAGAAGUAGAGAAAUGGAUGAAAGAAGAUGGAUUUGAAGAAAGGACCAAGGAAAGAGGAUUGGUCAUCCGGGGUUGGGCUCCACAAGUACUAAUUUUGUCACACUCUGCAGUUGGAGUGUUCUUAACUCAUUGUGGAUGGAAUUCAACUCUUGAAGGAAUAAGUGCUGGGGUCCCCAUGGUUACAUGGCCACUUUUUGCUGACCAGUUUCUUAAUGAGAAACUAGUUGUACAAGUUUUGAAUAUAGCUGUAUCGCUUGGUUUUGAACAGCCAAUGAAAUGGGGGGAGGAAGAGAAAGUUGGGGUCAAGGUGAAGAUGGAAACUAUUAAGAGUGCUUUAGAGGAAGUGUUGGAUGAUGGAGAAGAAUGCAAGGAGAGAAGGGAAAGAGCUAGAAGGCUUGGGGAGAUGGCAAAGAGAGCUGUUGAAGAAGGUGGGUCCUCACACCUUAAUAUGACAUUGUUUCUAGAAGAGAUUAUGCAACAUGGUAGUAGUAAUAACCACCAAUUAGAGAAAUAAUUAAUUUGGAGAGAGUCUUGCUUUAUGGCAAGUCAUUGAUACACGUACUCUUUUUUUUUAAGUUCUAAUAAGGUGUUGCCAAAAUUUGAUUGUAUAUGCUGGUUGGGGUCUUCAUCAAACCGCUUUUACAGUACAAACUGCUCGCACCACACUACAUUGUAUGAAAAAUGUAGUUUUAAAUUCUUUGUACGGCAAGCGGUUUUGGUUUGCAUUUUGCCAAACUGUGUGAUUCUGUACGGUUUGCGAUUUUGAGUUUAAUAAUCGCAGUUCAAAUCGCACCGUAUUAUAUAUUAGAGUAAUUUGCGGCGAAA